AUGUCAGCGACCUGCAAUAACUGCGGGGCAGCUGUGGAAAUCGACCCAACAACACCAACAUCAACAUCAAAAACUCCCAAAGCCCUCACACACGACGACCCUCUCAUUCCCUAUGUCAAAGCUCAGAUCGAUGACCUCACCGCCCAAAACGCCAACCUCGUCGCCGAGAACGACUCCCUCUCCUCAAAACUUGUCGAAUCCACCGAGGGGAGAAUGGAUCUUGACCAACAACUGACCAUCACCCAGAUGGAGCUACAAACGGCCCAGAGGGAGAUCAAGUCACUGCAAGCGAGUCAGAAGCAUUAUGAACAGUUGUUGGCGAUGAUCUCGUCGGGUCAAUUGAUUGAAAAGAAAGAUGUGCAGCCGGUUAUCGAGAAUUUGGCGUACGAGUCUCAGAGGCGGUCGCAAGUUGAGUCCUCCAAGUUGAAGUUGGAGAAUGAGCUGGAGGAUUUGAGUAAGAGUUUGUUUGAGGAGGCGAAUCGGAUGGUGAACGAGGAGCGGCGGGCGACUUAUAUGGCAGGCAAGAAGAUUGAGGCGCUCGAGAGGCAGUUGGAUGAGGUACUGGAUCUUUGCAAGUCUGAGAGGGAUCAGUUGGUGGAGUUGAAGGUCAGGAUGGAGAAGUUGUCCGAGGAGAAGGACACGGUCCAGCGGGAACGCGAUGCGUUUGAGUUUGCGCUUGUCCAGUUGCAGAACCAGCAGCAGCAGCAGCAAUAUCAUCAUGCUCAACUGCUCACCUCCCCGUCGGCGUCGUCGUCCCAUCACAUGUCAAACUCUGCCGCCUUCCGUCGUGGUGUGUCCUCGACUUCCAACUCUACCGUGGGCGGUACCAGUACAGGCGGGAACAACACCCCUCCAGGAUUGAACAUUGAGAUCUCGGGAGCACCAGGAGGAACCAGGAAGCACGUCCAACAGGUCCUGCAGUACGACGCCCGUCAGCAACGUAGUUCGGCUUCUAGUGUGAAAUCCAAGACGGACUCUUGCUAUUUCUCUGAUGGCGACCAUCCAGGAUCCAACCUCCCCAGCGACCCCAACGAGGACAAGGUUCCCAGUCUUGGGUUCCAUCUCUGGGACCCCUCCUUCAUCGAGUUCAAGACCUACAUGGAGUCUCUCUUUGGAGCCGCAGCUGGCUCUUCUACCAAAGCGGGAGCCGACAGCAAGACGCUUCAUACGCCUACCCCUUCGAUCGCAUCCUCUGGAAUCACGUCAAUGUACUCUUUCAACCUCAUGAUGAGCAAGGCAACAGCACCCGCCCCCGCCCCUGCAGCCAAUGCAGUCAUCCCCAUCAACACCUUGCUCUCUAACUGCAAGCUCCUCAAGAAGAUGUCUGCCGAGGACGUCGAUGCGACUUUGAGGUUCGAGCCUGGAAACUUGCUCUCGUGGACUCAGCGGAAGCGGCUCAUGGCCGCCGUCACCGACAAUACCCUCGUCGUCGAGGCCGUCCCCAUGAACCCCAACUACCACCAUCAUCACCACGGAUCCCCCUCUCCAGUCGCCGUCACCACGUCUGGUCACUUGCUCGCCCCAUCCAACGCCACCACACCUGCAAACUCUGUCCCUGGUAGUCCCACCACUGCCACACCCUCCUCGCGACCCAACUGUGCCCUUUGUGGACAUACCAUCACAACCCCCCUCUCAUACCAGUACCGCCUCACCGAUACCGCCAACGAAUCCAGAACCAUCUGCCCAUACUGCCGAACCCGUCUCACAUCCGUCUGUACAUUCUACAGUGUUCUCCGUAUGAUCUCCAAACGCAUCAUCUCCAGCACGACUACACCCGAGAAGUUGUACCUGGACUUUUUGAGGAUCCGCCUUGGCAUGUUUUUGGCGAGGUGUGGGGUUGGGAUUGUCACGGGCGAAGAGGUGAAGCCGAAGCAGCGGGAGAGUGGAUCGAUUAACGUUGCUGCGAUCAAUGCUGCAGCCGUUGGAGCAGCAACUGUAAGAAACCAGGUCCUGAUGUCUGCUGCCGCUGCCGUUGCCGCUGCACAUGGGGGCGCCCAUGCAGGUCUCCCACCCCGCGCACCCGACAACUCCAACUCCGCAGCCGCUGCGCUGCUGCCUACAAUCUCUGUUCCAGCCCCUGUUUCAGUGCAAACUCCGACUUCACCCAUCAUGACAGCAAACGUCAUCCCAGUCCAUACAGCCAUCCUCCUCCACCCUUCCAAGGACGUCCAUUCCCAGUCCCAGACCUCCCCGUCCUUGCGCGAGACUGCGGGCAUGAUCCAAGAGGAAAACGAUGAUGGUGGCGAGGAGAUGUACCUGACUGCCAGCCCCGUCCCCGAGAACGUCCAUAUGAUCCGGACUUGA